AUGUGCUUGACUUACCAACGACGUUCUAAAUUUGCACUGAACGUGGGCGUCAGCAUUGACGAGAAGAACGAACUUGAAAUAAGCUGGCGGCAUGGAAGCAUGGAAGACUGGAAGCUGGAAGAGUCACAGAGAAAUUGGCGGCGAUUUGUGCCACAGCCGCCGCAUUCACGUCCCGAAGCCAUCGCUGUGUCGGUAGAUCCCGAUGCACACUGCCCGGUUCAUCACGACGGCAAGCAUCAGACAAUUCAGCGUGUGGAAAACGAAGAGCUCCUAGUAGACCUGGAAAUACAAAAGAUCAGCCGGAUGGCUGGAACCGUGGCUGUCUUGCUAGUGUGUACCCUGGUCCAGGCAGUACUACCUGAAAUUGAUUCGAUCGUGUCAUCAGAGCCAAUGAGUCAGAACGGUGACCUUCUCUCUGAGUGGCGGCAGCCUAGCUUCAUGAGCAUCGGACCUCAAUGGACUAGUAGUACCACUGCAACAGUCACGGUAUACUCAAUCGUCCAACUUUUCUCGUUCUUUACCAUAUUCGAUUAUAUUGAGAACUGUCUGCCAGUCGGUGCCUGUUUUCUCCCGGCAGAUGCGCUUCACAACUGGAGCAAAAUUCUGACAUACGUCAUGAUUCUCCGAGUCCUUGAUGGUGUCAUGAUCGCCAUUAACUUGAACAUCGUCGAUUUUUCUUUUGUAACUCUGGCGAGCCGUAUUGGUCCAGACUUCAAUCUUGUAAUUCUGCUCUGUGGUAUAUGGUUUGCGCUCACCGACGACUCUCGCCAGCUGCAACUUGGAGCCACUCUGAGUCAGUGCAACACCUCCGAAGUCAUUGCGGCUGCGAGAUAUGUCACGGUCAGUAGCGCCCCGCAUGGCGGUGCUAUAUCCGGGUUUUCCAUCUUGAAUUGUCGAUCCGAAAACUCAAAGCUGGCCCCGAUUAGAGUAUGCAAGUCUGAUACUAUAUCAAGUAGGACACACAGGCGCAACAGAGCCUGCGAUCGGGGCCUAAUUGGGGAGGACAAGUACACAACCGACGCGAUUAUCACUUCAUGCCACACUGAGUCAAGCAGGAUUCAGACAGCUACAAAGAAAUACUACUCGGCCACACGUACCACACAUAAUGAUCACCCUGAAUCCCGAGUCACUAGACUGGCAGCAGAGCUUAAGCUGGGUAAUUCUAAAGAGCGCUUGGGCAUCACGAUGAACAUGGGCCACGCUCGUGUCCUGGCAACUAUCCGAGUCACUGGUUAUGACGACUUUCGCGUCCCUCAGCACUACUAG